GCGUGCGUGUAUAUAAACACACACAUAUGCGCCACAGGCAGAGGUUACCCAACACACAAAUUUACAAUCUAGUUUGAGCAGAAGGAGAGAAGAAGAGUUUACCCAGCACACAGAUUUAGAAUGUAGUGAGAGCAGAGGGAGAGAAGAAGAGGCUACUCAGGACACAGAUUUAGAAUGUAGUUAGAGCAGAAGGAGAGAAGAAGAGUUUACCCAAUGCACAGAUUUAGAAUGUAGUUAGAGCAGAGGGAGAGAAGAAGAGGUUACCCAGCACACAGAUUUAGAAUGUAGUUAGAGCAGAAGGAGAAAGAAGAGGCCACUAAACACAAAUUUAGAAUGUAGUUACACCAGAGGGAGAGAAGAGAUCAAGAGACGGAAGGAGAAGCUACCGCCGGCCGGUUAGGGCGGCGGCCGGAUGGCUGCCAACUCGUUCUCGGCGCCGGCGCAGGCGGUGAAGGGCGCGGCGAAAACGUUGGCUCACCGCCGCCAGGCCGUGGUUGGGUUGCUGUUUGCUCUCAUCGUCAUCCUCGUGCUCCACACCACCGUGGUGUUUGGCCCGUCCCGGUCCACAAAUGACAUUGUCGUUCUGCAGUCCACAUCGGGCGAGCAAAAUGCCAGGACCUCUUCUCCUCCAGCGUUGUUGGCACCUAAUAAUUCUAUUCAAGUACAUGACAUAGAUAACGGGCAGAAGGACGGCGCAGCCAAGAACGAUGGGGAAAGAAGGGACCAGUUAGGCCAAACAGUAAAAAAUGAUGCUAAUGACAAGAUGAAGGAAGAUCUCAUUGGGCAAGAACUCGAUGGAGACGUCAAACAUGGUGCUCCGGGGAAGCCCAUCUGCGACCUCUCUGACCCUAGGUACGACAUCUGCGAGAUCACCGGAGAUGCCCGUGCCAUGGGCGCCAACCGUACCGUCCUCUAUGUCCCGCCAGCCGACGAGCGCGGCACCGAUGGCCCGGAGUGGGCCAUCAAGGACCAGUCCCGCAAGAACCUGGGGGACAUCAAGGAGGUGAAUGUCAAGACCCUGAGCGCCGCCCAGUCCUUGGUGGCGCCGGAGUGCACCUCCCGGCACGCUGUCCCGGCCGUCUUGUUCGCCAUGAAUGGGAUCAUAGGCAACCCAUGGCACGACUUGAGCGAUGUCCUGAUCCCGCUCUUCAUCACCACCCGCGCCUAUGACGGCGAGGUCCAGUUUCUUGUCACCGAGCUCCAGCCAUGGUUCGUGGACAAGUAUCGUCUCGUCCUAACCAACCUGUCACGCUAUGACAUCAUCGACUUCAAUAAGGACGCCGGCGUCCGUUGCUACCCGCACAUCAUAGUCGGCCUCCGCAGCCACGGCGACCUCGACAUCGACCCAGCCCGCACGCCGCGCAACUACACAUUGCUGGACUUCCGCCUGUACAUCCGAGACGUCUUCUCACUGCCGCCAGAAGGCCAAGGAAUCCCGUACAAGGAGGCUAACAAGAAGAAUGCAGCCAGCAACGACAAUGGUACUGUCACGGAGAAUCCAAAGCCGCGGCUCUUGCUCAUCAACCGCGGCGAGAGCAGGAAGUUCGUCAACCUUCCGGAGGUCUCCUCGGCGGUGCAGGCAGCCGGGUUCGAGCUGCUGGUCAUGGAGCCGAGCCGUGACAUGGGGAUGGAGGAGUUCGCCCGGGCGGUGGACUCGUGCGACGUGCUGAUGGGUGUGCACGGGGCCGCGCUCACAAACUUCUUCUUCCUGCGCACCAACGCGGUGCUGCUGCAGGUGGUGGGGCUGGGCCUGGAGCGCGAGGCCUUGCAUUACUACGGCAAUCAGGCCAAGGCGGUCAUGGUGCAACACAUCCAGUACUUCAUCAGCGCCGAGGAGAGCACGCUCUACGAAAAAUACGGCAAGGACCACCCGGCGGUAAGCGACCCAGACUCGGUACACAAGCAGGGUUGGCAGGGUGCAAAGCGCUACUUCUGGGCGGAGCAGGACAUCAGACUCAACAUCACCAGAUUUGCUCCCACGCUGCAUCAGCUAAUUCGAACACUCCGGGAAUAGGGAAACUACUAGAUAUGUGAUACUACUACCUCUGUUCCCAAAUGUAAUGCAAGAUAUCUUGGCAGUUUGAAUUUAAGCUGCCAAAACGUUUUAGGGUGUAGGUUACAAGAAGCACACCAUGGGAGCAGAGAGCUUGCUUCUUUCUUGUUGUUUCAAUCAUCAGAUCAAUAGACAGGAAUUAAGCACAA